GUUCCCUUCCGAACCCAUGGCGAGGUGGCGGCUGGUACUCCUACUGGCAGUGGCGCUGUUGGCGGCCGCGGGGUGGCGGGCGGACGCCCUGCCGGUGAAGGUCGCCGGCACCGAGUGCAUCCACGAGUUGGCGCCCUACGAGGGCGACAGCGCGCUGGGGUAUUUCGUCGCCCAUCGCGACAUCGACCUCACGGUAAUUUCACCAGGCGGUAACACUAUAUAUUCUUCGAAGGGGAAAUCUAGUGACAAAAUUGAGUUCAAAGCUCCAAGCGGUGGAAUGUACAAGUUUUGUUUCCAUAAUCCUUAUGGAACACCUGAAACUGUUUCCUUCUACAUUCAUAUUGGGCGCAUAUCUAAUGUGCACAAUCCAGCAAAAUAUGGUCGCAAUCUGGUUCUUCUGGAGGCCCUGGAGGAGGAAGCCAUGAAGAAGAGGUUCAAGGAGUGGAUGGACAGGUACCAUCGCAGGUACAAGGACGAAAAGGAGAAGGCGCGGCGCUACGAGCUAUUCAAGAAGUGCGCCGAGAAAGUUGACAAGCUCAAUGCGUUGCCGAAUGGAGUUACCUACGGCACAAAUCACUUCUGCGAUCGUUCGGAGGAAGAGAUGCGGCCCUAUCUCACGGGGGAAUUGGAUGGUGUGGAGUGACUUCAUGAUUUGGAUCAUGAAGAGUGCUGGUUAGCGUAUGUUCGCAGAUGUUUUCAUUUAUGGAACGUACUUAUAUAGAUAUAAGAAAUCGAGAAA